GGGGGCCGCAAACGACGAGCAGCAGCGUCGCAGUGGCGGCGGCGGCGGCCAGCAUGGUUCUUCUCGGUGACGGUGGGCCGCUCGGACAGCACUGACUGUCGCCCCUCUCGAUGGAGCUACUCGCUGCAGCAGACUGCGGCGUCGCUGCGAGGCCCCCACCAGCGAACGAGAGCCGCAUCGUGGGCGGAACACCGACCGACAUCGACCAGUGGCCCUGGCAGGUGUCGCUGCACCACCGUCGCCCUUCAUCGGGUGCCCCUGGACGUCGGCUCUGCGCAGCGAGCCUCGUGUCUGCGUCGUGGCUGCUCACAGCUGCGCACUGCCUGCUAGACCCCGCCGCGGCCGAAGGAACAGGACGCUUGUUGCCGGCAGGCCUGUGGCUGGCCUGUCGGGCGGGCCAGUGCGUGCGGCUGCGCAAGCUAGCGGUGCACGCGGGAUUCCGCCGCCACAACUACACCCACGACGUUGCGCUGGCCGAGUUGGUGCAGCCACUGCCUGCUCCCGCUCGGCCCAUCUGCCUGCCGACGUCGUCCUCUGGAGGGUCCGCAGCCGUCGGAAGGCGCUGCGUCAUCACCGGCUGGGGCGCUCGGCGACCGCUGGUCAGUCGCGCCACUAAGCUACAGCAGGCGUCGCUGCCGGUGCUGCCGUGGGACCUGUGCCGGCGAGCGUAUCCGUGGGCCGCAGCCCUGCGUCGCUGGCUGCUAUGCGCGGGACUCUGGAAAGGCGGCCGAGGGCCCUGCCACGGCGACUCGGGAGGGCCGCUGCAGUGUCAACGCAGCGAUGGCCGCUGGCAGCUGUCCGGCCUUGUAUCCUGGGGCGCUGGCUGUGGCCGUCCCGGAAGACCGGCCGUGUUCGUACGCGUUGUCGCGUACCGGCGUUGGAUACGAGACGCGAUCAAGCGCCUGCAGCACCGGAACCAAGCUACGCCACGCGACAAAGAUCGUCGGCAGCAAGUUGCAGCACGGGACAACGUGACCGCGAGCAACCUACAUUUUUCGGCGUUAUCGUUUCACGCGUUCAUGCUCUAACGACUGACACGUGUUGGUGACUUUCCGCGUACUCAGUGCGAUUCGCGCCCCGUGCCGAAAGCGCGCGCUUACAGCUCCGUCGAAUGUUUUUGUUUCAAUCCAGUUGCUCAAUAAAGAGCUCGUCUAAGAGAAUA